AUGUCUAAAAUCGACAAGCUUUCCAUCCAGGGCAUCCGCUCCUUCGCUCCGAACACAAGAGAGACGAUCCAGUUCAAUAGUCCUCUUACCCUAAUCGUCGGUUACAAUGGCUCCGGAAAGACCACCAUCAUCGAAUGUCUCAAAUAUGCUACAACUGGGGAGCAGCCGCCUAAUUCGAAAGGAGGUGCCUUUAUUCACGACCCCAAAAUCUGCGGCGAGAAAGAAGUAAUGGCCCAGGUCAAAUUGUCCUUCAAAUCCGCCGUGGGCUCCAAAUACGUCGUGACGAGAAACCUCCAGCUCACCGUGAAGAAGACGACGCGAUCGAUGAAGACCCUCGAGGGCUCCCUUAAUAUUAUGAAUAAUGGCGAGAAAACGGUCAUAUCCACCCGUGUUGCUGCCCUUGACGAGGAUGUCCCGAAGUAUCUUGGGGUAUCGCCAGCCAUUCUCGACGCCGUCAUCUUUUGCCACCAAGACGAAUCUUUGUGGCCCAUGAGCGAGCCCUCGGCGUUGAAGAAGCGAUUUGACGAGAUAUUCGAAGCCCUCAAGUACACAAAGGCGAUAGAUAACCUCAAGGUUCUGCGGAAAAAGCAGGGAGAGGAGCUCUCCAAGCUUAAGAUUUUCGAAGAGCAAGAUAAAAUCAAUAAGGAGAAGGGUGACCGCGCCGAGCGCCGAUCCCGUGCCUUGCAGGCUGAGAUCGAGGAGGCGAGAGAGCAAUGUAGGGCGAUUUCGGACGAGAUGGACGAGAUACAAGACAUGAUUCGUCAGAAGCACCAGCAAGCGAAUAGCUUUCUUAGCAUCGUCCAGGACCUCAAGAACAAGCGCGACCAACUAGAGUACCGGCAAGACACCGUUGCUGAACUCAAGACCACACUGGAGGAGUUACCCGAUGAUGACGAGCGGCUCGAGACCACACUAUCACAGUACGAAGAGCGGAUGGCGCGAUAUGAGGCCGAGGCAAAGGAAAACCGUAUUCAGUAUGGCCAGUAUCAGCAAGAUCUUGCUCAGUCGAGGAAGGAUCUUUCCAGGCAACUUGCGGAGCAGGGCAAAUUCCAGUCCGACAAGGAGAAGCACGAACGCCAGCUUGUUAACCGUGCGGAGAUGAUUCAUGCCGCCGCACAGCAGCACGGUUUCCGUGGCUUUGACGGAGAAUUGAACGAAAAUCAAGUUAGGUCCUUUCAUGAUAAACUGCAGAAACUUUUAGCGGACAAGAGGCGCGACCUCGAGCGAGUCCAGAAGCAGAACUCGAAGGAAGUGGAUAAGAUCAACUCGACUAUCUCUUCUCUUGAGAGUCGUAAAUCAGCCCGCACUCAAGACCGCGUCUUUGCCAAGCAACGCAUGGCCGGCAUUGAGAAGCGCACCGAGGUCCUUCAAAACGAUGUGAAGCUGCUUGACAUAGAUGAAGGUUCAAAAGCUCUUCUUGAUGGCCAGUUCAAAGAUGUUGAAGAAAAACUGCGGAAAGUUCAGGCCGAUUUUGAGAAGUUUGGCUAUGAUUCCCAGAUCCAGCAGGAGAACGAGACCCUUUGGACCCUUGAGGCUGAGAACGAGAGGCUGGGGAGGGAACUAGUUGAAUGCACCCGGCUUGCCUCGGAAAGAGCUCAACUUGAUCUACGGAAGGGAGAGCUCGCUGACCGGAAACGCAAGCUCGAUAUCCGGAUGAGCACAGCAAAGGAGAAGCUUGACUCGGCGAUUGGGAGUGACUGGACAACGGCUACCCUUGAAGACAAAUUCCAAGAAGCAGUGAGGCGGCAAAACAAAGCCGUGUCCCUGGCCCGUCAACAGCGCGAUCAAUUGCGCGAAAAGCUGCAAACCCUUACGUACAAGCUCAAGAUGGCCAAAGACGCAGAGAAGAAUAAGACGGAAGAGGCCGCCAAGUGCGAGAAAGCGGUGUACAACUAUCUCCUUACAGUCAACGAGGACGCGGGGUCCGCUGAUGAUUAUCCUGGCGAGGUAUCUCACUACGAAGAGAAAGUUGAAGAGAGCCGGACUGAGAUUAGUCUCUGGGACGCCCUCGCGCAAUACUACGGCCAAUGUCAAAAUACCCUAAACAAGAAGGGGGCUUGUAGACUCUGCGAACGACCUUUCGAGCCUAGCCAGGCCGCAUUCAGGUCACGAAUGGAGAAGAAGAUCAAGGAAAAGCUCAACCCCAAGGAGAAGGAGGAGUCGGAGAAGGAGCUCGACGAAUCCACCUCCAUUCUUGACGCUCUGCGUGACCUCAGACCGCAGUAUGAUACGUAUAAGCGCCUGAACGAGCAGCUACCUCGCCUUAAGCAGGAGCGUCAGGAAAUCCAGUCUGAGUGCGAAAGCUUCGAAAGGCAGUUUGAAGAUCUCGCCGCCGCUGCCACGUCUGAGGAGGAGAAAUUGGGCGACCUCGAGUCCGUGAACGAGACAGUUCUGAUGAUUAGCCAGACUCUGCGCGAUAUCAAGGACUCCGAGAACCAGAUCGAAAGGAUCACAUCGCAGCAGUCCUCCGGUAUUGCCACGAGGAGCGCCGACGAGAUCCAUGAACUACAAGCCAGCUGCAACGAAAAGAUGCGAGCUGUCAAGAGCAAGACUGCCAAGAUCAUGACGGACAAGCAGAGGGCACGAGACCAACUAAACUCGCUCGAGCUAGAGAAGAGCGAGCUGCGUAACAAGGUUAAUAAUGCGGCUCGACAGCUGGAGCGCAAGACGGAUUUCUUGAACCAGAUUCAGACACUGAAGGAAGAGCAUGUUCAGCAGCGAGAGUUGAUUCAGAAGGCGAAUGAGGACCUCGAAGCCCUGGAGCCCGAGAUUAUCGAAGCCCGGUCUCUCCGUGACGAUGCGGUCCAGCAAGGCCGUGUCAAAGAGCAAGCGGUUGCCGAGGAACGUGAUGCCGUCGCCAGCACCGUCAGUGAGCUGCGGCUGGUCGAGGCUGAUAUUCAGGACUAUGUGGAACGUGGAGGAGACGCAAAACUUGCUUCUAACCUGCGUGCCAUCGCGGCUUCGGAGAAGGCAAUUGCUGAUGUAGAAAAGGACAUCUCUGACCUAACUGUGCGGGCAAACAAACUGAAGCAGGAUAUCGACAACGGCGAUCGCAAGAAGAAAAACAUCAGCGACAAUCUUAACUACCGAAAGAAUUUGCGACUCCUCGACAGCCUGCGCAAGGAUAUCGAUGAACUCGAAUCUCGCAAUGCUGACGAAGACUACGAGCGCCUGGUAGCCGAGGCAAGGUCCUACGAAAGCCACCACAACAAACUCCUCGCCGAGCGCGGAUCCAUAAUGGGAAGUAUGAAGACCAAGGAUGAGGAGCUCGAGAGGCUUCUCAAGGAGUGGGAGAUGGAUUAUAAGGAUGCGGCGCGAAAGUACCGCGAGUCGCACAUCAAGGUCGAGACGACCAAGGCUGCCAUCGAAGACCUGGGCCGGUACGGCGCCGCGCUCGACAAGGCCAUCAUGCAAUACCACAGCCUCAAGAUGGAAGAAGUCAACCGCAUCGCUGGCGAACUCUGGCAGAGCACCUACCAGGGUACGGACAUCGACACCAUCCUCAUCCGCUCCGAUGCGGAAACCUCCACCGGCAAGCGUAACUACAAUUACCGCCUGUGCAUGGUCAAACAGGACGCCGAGAUGGACAUGCGAGGGCGGUGCAGCGCCGGUCAGAAGGUGCUUGCCUCCAUUAUCAUCCGACUCGCGCUCGCCGAGAGUUUCGGUGUCAACUGCGGCCUCAUUGCCCUCGACGAGCCGACGACCAACCUCGACAGGGACAACAUCAAGUCGUUGGCCGAGAGCUUGCAUGCCAUUAUCAAGGCUAGACAGGCGCAGAGUAACUUCCAGCUUAUCGUGAUUACGCACGACGAGGAGUUCUUGAGGCAUAUGCGGUGCAGUGAUUUCUGCGAUACGUUUUACAGGGUGAGGAGGGAUGAUAGACAGAACAGCGUUAUUUCCAGGGAGAGCAUCACGAGGGUGUUGUAA